ACAACGUUUAGUUUCCCUCUAUUCUAUCAAAGCUUACACUCUACUAUUGCUACUGGUGUUCGUCAGUGCUUUGACUCAAACACGAACACUGUUGCUACUCCUGCCACACUACCACCGCCCAAGAAGAUGUCGUGGCGGUCAGCAGUGGCAGCCGCGUUGGUGUUAGCGGCAGCAGCGGCCAUGGUGACAGCAGCCAAACCAGGACCAAAGAAUCGGCGCUACCCAGAUUACAUUGUGGACCCGAGGGUGAACUGCACGUCUGAGGGUGUCUUCCCCCACCCGAGGAACUGCUCUUGGUAUUACAGGUGUGUAGACUACAUGAACAUGGGAUUUUACCGCACUUACUACUUCGAGUGUGAACCAGGCACGCAGUUUGCCGACGAGCUGGACCAGUGCGUCUUUCCCUCCAAUAACCGUCCGCCCUGCCGUUCUGACAAUGGCCAUGGUACUAGUGUUAUUUAUCUGUCAUGCACCUUCAAGGAAUGUCGGCAAUACAUCCCCUGUGACGGCUCCAGGAGUCUGUGCAAAGGUUGCUACAACGAUAACGUCUUCCCCCCACCCACCUACAACUUUUGCCGCCAUCCUGGACAAGUGUUUGAUAAAAGGAAAGGAUCGUGUGUGCCUCAACCCCCAGAGAACGAGCUCUGCUAUGACCAGAUGCUGCUGCCACUCAUGGAGGAGCAGCCUGCGACAGACGGAUCGGUUUCUGCAUUUCCAUAUCCGAUCUCCUGGCCCUCCACCACUACCGUCCGUCCCUCCAUCGCUAUGAUCGACAUGUCAGUCUUCGGCAUUACCUGCUCGGAGGAGAAGAGGAACCACUUUGAAAAGGAGCUUUUGUGGGAUCAGUGUCGCGCAUAUUGCUUCAGCAUGGGCCACCUUCACGGGCUGGUGGAGCUGUGCCACGCAUACUACCACUGCAAGAGAUCUCCCUUCGGCGGCGGCUGGGAGUUGGAGCUGAAGACUUGCCCAGAGAACACAGUCUUAGUCGAUGAGAAGAAAGGGCUGUGUGGUCCCUUCCCGCCAGGUGUGGAUGUCUGCUAAUGUCAUCUCCACGUCACUUCAGGAGAGUCGACAGGUGAAAGCUACUAUUGUUAUCUUUCCCCCCUUCUCUCUCUCUCUCUCUCUCUCUCUUUCUCUCUCUCCUCAACAUCUGUAUCAUCACAAGCUGCAGUAACACACGAGUGAUGGUCAAGACCCCUCACAUGCACCACUGCUGUCCCCUCUGUAGCGUCUCGAUGGACACACUAACACCUCUCUGUGUGGGGCGUGCACGUAAUGAUGGCGUCUCACAGUUGACUCCUACUGUUACGUGUUGUGUUGAGGAGAAACGCUUGCUUGUUCAAUUCACUCCAUUAUGUUUUGUUUUAUUUAUUUCCAGGUGUUAAGUGUUUCUGUUGUUCUUUUCCUGUUUCCGUGUGUUUAUUUAUGAUUAUUCUUUUUUUUCAAGUUAAUUUAUAUUGUCUUGACUCUAUUGUUGUUCACAGACUUAAUUUAUUCACUUAUUUAUACGUGACGGUGAUUAGAUGUCAUGAUAUUGUUGUUGUUGCUGUUGUUGUUGUUGUUGUUGGUGUUGUUUCAUUGUUGCUUCUUGUUAACGUCUAAUAUAACAUUGUUGUCACUUUGGUCCGGGUUUCGGUCAGUGCUAAUCACACUUCCUGCAACCUGUUAUAUUGUAUUUACAACUGGUUUUAUCUAUACUGUUCUUGUUGUUGAUGUUGUUGUUGAGGUUGCUGCUGCUGCUAUUGCUUAUGUCAUGUUUUUCCUUAUAUUUCACGUGUGUGUGUGUGUGUGUGUGUGUGUGUGUGUGUGUGUGUGUGUGUGUGUGUGUGUGUGUGUGUGUGUGUGUGUGUGUGUGUGUGUGUGUGUGCACAAGCUCUCUCCAAUCAUGGCAGCGUCCUGGGGCUCCUGUGCUGUAGCCAGUUUGAGGAAGUCAAAUAUAAAGCUUAUGAAAUAUUAAUGUUUGC